AUUCGUUGCGGAGAACUGUUUAAGCUUUACACCCGCGGAGCUGGGCGUUUAAGUACACAAGGGCGGGAUCUGAGGUGCUUCUGCCGAAGCAGAUGUAUCCCAGUCGACCAAUGGCAGAGCACGUGGGUGGGGCUUAAGUCUAUGCGUUGGUAGUGAAGGAACAGCAGCGUCGUUAAACCCAGACUCAGGAGCGUCGAUGAUGUUUUCCAGCUAUUGAAGAUGCAUGCUUCACGAAGCCCCUCAUCCAUCCCAACAUUUGUCUCCAAAGAAGCGUUAGACCUGAGUUUGUCAGGAUCUCAGCUUUUAGUGACCAAAAGGCCGAGCAGCGCUUCACCGGGGAAAUGUUUUUCUCGCUCAGUGUCUGUGUCUGUGGCUGGCGAUGGCAGAAGCAAACGGAACACGAUGAGUGAUGUUAGCUUUGGCAGCUCCCGCUCUGUCAAGAACCUAAGGAGGUCCAACAGCACCACUCAUGUUAAUCAGCAGGACAACAUUAGUCUCAGUCAGGCCCAGGGUGAGGACUACCUGGCUCUGUUUGACUCCAGUGUAGAUGGACGAAAGAAACUGGCCGGACUCAGCAGGGCCUCACCAGACAGAACCACCUGGAACAUCCUGGAUGACCAGCCCAGAGCAGGUCCUGUACAGUCCAGUCCACGCAGCAGUGGCAGCGUUGAUUCUCCGACCUUUCUGAAAAGAAGAGACUUCACCGCCAACAACAGGAGCAACAAGGCAGCGGUGGGAAACUCUGUCACAACCAUCCUUCACAACAACUACUCUGAGAAACCCCUCACCCCCAAGAGCUCCAACCAGAAGCCGUCCUUCAAUAAUCUUCUUAAAGCCACGCCCAAUGAUGAGGUUCAAAUGGAAAAUGGUUCUGUUACCAAAUCGCAAAAAAAUUUCUCUUCGCCAACUUCCACAUCAAACACCAAUUGUCUGUCGUCGACGCCCCUCGGCAGCCCGGUGCUGUCCACCAGGAGGGAGGUGACGGAGGAGGAGGCCGAAAGGUUCAUUCAGCAGGUGAACACGGCGGCCGUCACCAUCCAGCGCUGGUACCGCCAGCAUGUCGAGAGACGAAACACGAACCAGGCAGCGCUUCAACAGAUCCUGACCAGUAAAAGAAAGGAGUGGGAGGAGAGAACAGAGGAGGAGCUUCGGGUGGAGCAGCGUCAGAAAAGGGACGAGGACAGAAAAAGGAUUCGCGAGGAGAAGGCUCGGCUGGCCCGCCUCGUUGCCAUACAGGAGCUGCAGCAGAAGCGCCCCCCGCUGGUUUUAGAGGUGCAGAGUGCAGCUGAUGUGGAGCUUGAAAACCAGGUCCACUCAGUUGCGGUUGGACAGAGGAGACCUCCCAGGGUUUCAGUGUCUGCAUCACCGAGCAACAACAGCCCAGUGUCACCGACCGCCAAAGCCAAGAACACAGUAGAAUCCAACCUGAACCUCGUGUCGGACGUGGGAGAGCUGAGCUUCAGGGCCGUCUCUCCAGCUCUGUCCAACCGCAGAGGUUCUCAUUGCUCGCAGGAGCAUGAAGACAGAAAAGAAGAAGACGUUUGUGUGGAGCAGCGGCAGCACCAGGAGAAUGACCAGAAGCUGACCUGUAAAGAGAGAGUUUUCAUGGUCACCCAGGACAAGCAGCAGAGAAAAGGCCAGCGUGUCCCAGAUGCAUCUGGAGCGGCCAUUCACAAAAAGCCACCAAAGUUCUCUCCAAGCAAAAGAAUUCCAAACUCUGGAUCCAAGAAAAGUCUGAAGUCACCGUCCGAUCUCAAAACCAAGAACACAGAUACCAGUCAGAACCUGGUGGCUGACGUCUCAGAGCUCAGUUUAAGAGCCAUUUCUCCAGCAUCAUCCAAUCACAGAGGCUCUCACUGUUCCCAGGAGCCCCUGCAGAGAUCAGUGAGUGUGGAGGACCAGAGGUCGGGAACUUCCUCCAAAACCAUCUUCAACGAGUUGAUGGACACACUCAAGCUGCUGGAGCAGGAGCCACAGCAGCUGUGCCAGCCCAUGAUCCAGCAGAAGGAGAAGUACGCCUGGAUAGACGAGGACGGAGACUCCAACUCUUUGACCACGGACAACCUGGAGCGCCACGGACAGAUGAGUCUCCACCCUGCACUGCCAGAUGGGGGCGCCCUUCUUUCGGAGGCAAAGCUGCAGAGCAUCAUGAGCUUCCUAGAUGAGAUGGAGAAGUCUGAACAGGAGAGACCACGUUCAGUGACCUCAGGGUCACACAGAGAGGGGGUUCUGUCAGAGGAGGAGCUGACUGGAGUGGAACACGCCUCAGCCACCGCUGCAGAAAUCAGCACUUCCAUGAUGAGACUCAAGAUGGAGCUGGAGGAGAAGAAGCGUACAGUCCACAUGCUCCAGGCCGCACUGGCCCAGCAGAGGGAGCUAACAAUGAGACAUGUGAAGGACACGGAAAAGGAGCUGAACAGAAACUUCAAGCUGCAGAAGGAACAAUAUGAAGCAACCGUCCAGAGACACCUGACUUUCAUUGACCAGCUGAUUUCUGACAAGAAAGCUCUGAGCGAGCGCUGUGAAGGAGUGGUGGCCGAGCUGAAGCAGGUGGACCAGAAGUACACCAAGAAGAUCGCACAGAUGCAGGAGCAGCAUGACAUGGUUUGGCAAAUCCUGGGUCCUUUGUGUGAGGAGAUCAAAAAGCUCAAAGACCUGAUGAGCGCCACGGAGAAAAUGCGUCGGGAGAAAUGGAUCGACGAGAAAACCAAGAAGAUCAAAGAGAUCACAGUGAAAGGUCUGGAGCCAGAGAUUCAAAAGCUCAUCUCCAAACACAAGACGGAGCUGAAGAAGCUGCGGACGUUGCACGAGGCCGAGCUGCUGCAGGCGGACGACCGGGCGGCGCAGCGCUUUGUCCGCCAGUGUGAGGAGCUGAGGGCGCAGCUGGAGAAGGAGAAGGACGAGCAGUGUCAGAGAGAGAGGGAGCUCGCCAAACAGAGGUAUGACAAGCAAUUCCAGGAGGAGGAGCUCUCCCUCCAACAACAGAGGAGGCGUCUUUAUCAGGAGGUGGCUGAGGAGAAGGAGAGGCUGGCCCAGCUGGCGGCCAGGCAGCGGGCUGAGGGGGAGGACCUGCGGCGGCACCUGGAGGAGAACAGCUCAGUGGCUGUACGUGCCCUCAGAGAGGAGCUGGACAAAAGCCGGGAGGAGCAGGAGAAGAGGCACCAGGUGGAGAUGAAGUCCAUGCAGGAACGUCUGGAAGUGGAGAAGCAAACCUGGGAGGAAAACUACAGGAAGAAGGAGGAAGCUUGGCUGCUGAGCCGCGAGCGGGAGCUCAAAGACGAGCUGCGGCGGGAACGGGACAAAGAGAUUGAGUUGGCCAUCUGGACCCUGGAGGAGGAGACCAGUAAAGACAAGGAGGAGUGUGAGAGGGCGGCAGACAACAGAGUGAAACGUUUGAGAGAAAAAUACGAAGCUGAGAUGAAGGAGCAGGAGCGUUCAGAGAGAGCGGCCGUGGAGAAGCAGCAGGAGCUGAGGAAGCAGCAGUUGGAGAUGGAGGAGGAGCUGAUCAGACUCCAGAGCAGCCUGAGGCAGCACCAGCAGGAGGCGCAGGAGCUCACACAGACCAGGGACAAGCUGAUGGAAGAGCGCCGCACACUGGCCGAGGUGAUCCGCCAGGAGUUCGCUGACCGCCUGGUGAUGACGGAGGAGGAGAACCGCAAGAUGAAGGUGGAGAUGUCAGAGGUCAGAGCUAGGCUACGACUGGAGGUGGAGAAGGUCACCAGAGAGAAGGAGGAGGAGCUGGCAGAAGUCCACCAACGAGUGAAGUCUGCGAUCCUGAAGAAGGAAGAAACUGUGUCCAACCUCCGGAAACAGUACGAGGCUGCUCUGAAAAGGGCUGACCACCUGGAGGCGCUGUGGGAUCAGCAAAGGAAGCAGUUGUUGGGGAAAUAGUGACUGACAGGACUCUCCCCCUCCAGGCCUCCCUCCUGCCCACCCCCACUUCCAGACUCAGCACUGUAAUCAAGUGUCGCUCCUCACAUGUGACCUUUUUUCCUUUUUUUUUUUUCCUGGGAAUGUCAUUCCUCUCGACAAGACUGAACCUGUGGAACUUCAGAGGGGUUGAACAUGUGACUGAAACUCAUCAACGGGGAGACAGACAUACUGGGCCCUCCCCACCACCACCCGACAUCCCCACCUCCACCUCUUCCCUCCCCCAGCUUUGGAAUUUCCCUCCCUAAAAUCCCAGAGACCAGGUGGAAGGUCUAAGGAAAUACAAACAAUUCCUCAUCUUCUCCUGGUUUUCCAGAGGAGGAUUGAACUCAGCUCCCCUCACCUCCUCACAGGAACACCUCCCUGUUCACCACAGAAAACAGUUCCAGAUGUUUCCAGAUGAUGGGCCCUCGGGUGGUUUUUGUCUCCCCCUGUCAACAGGAAGUUGAUCGCCUGCGUAAAGAGCAGUGAUUUAUUCACAGAGGUCAAAAUGUCUCCUAGUUUGUGCUGAGUCAUGGCUUUAGUCCCACUGUCCCUCAGCCACCCUCACCCACCCUCCCACCAGGUCCCAGCCCUGAAGGCUGAGUUACAGGAUUAAUUGGUGGGGGGUGGUGGGGGGUUGGUAUGGGCCGAAGGUUGUAGAACGUGAAGAAGGAAGAAGUGAGGUUAAAAGUAAGGAAUGCUGCAAAGUACGAGGACCUUUAGAUACCAGGAAUCACUAAGGUUUUUUAAGUACCUAAAACAGUUUUCAGGGAACUAUACCUGGUUCCUGGUUCCUGGUUUAUGGUUUUAUUGCAAACACCUCCUGCAGAGAUGUGUUAAUGGACAAAAGCUUUCAGGAACUUUAGGUUCCUGUUCACAGAAACAUUACUGUAAAGAUCGGGCAACUUAUUAUGCAGACUGGAAUCUGCAGAGCAAACAGUUCUGGUUGGGCUGAGAAUUAAGGAAAAAAAUAGUGCUAGAACUAAUGCUAAGGAACACAGACAGGUGAAAAUAAGAAGUGGUUCCAAUUUGUGGUUAAAAAAAUAGAAAUGAUUCAGUUCUUGGUCUGGAGGCAGAGAGUGUGUGACGUCUGAUGUUUAUGUUCUGAAGAAAACAGUUCUCUGAGUGUCUCUGCACAGAACCGAUGUUUGGACUUUGAAGAACACAGAAUUAGCUACAGCUGGGUCACAUGGUCAGAUCAUGUGAGGCCAAGUUUAAUUUAGGGGUCAUGAAGGUCUUCCUUCAUGUCCAGGUCACUCCAGUCUGAUUGUCCUGAACUGGGGGACAUGUCCAGCAGUUGGACAGUUUGUCUUUUUAACAGAAAAACUGAACCAAACUGGUCUGAUCCAGUGACCCACAACCAUGGAAUCUAUCCACACUUGGGUCACGGCCCAUCACUGUAUUAAUAGUAGCUCAUGUCACAGCCCACUUGUGUGACAUUUCUUCGGUCCACAGAGGCGUCACAUGUUCUGUCCUCCAGGGACUGACGGCAGGAAGACUUGUUAAUGGACGCGUUAAUGGAUGAUGGGAAAAAGAAAGUGAAGCAGAGACAGAGAGUGGUGGUCAGAGGGGUGUAGGGUCUGAGGGAACGUGGGACACAUGAACGCACCUUACUGGGCAUACCACCAAGUGACAUGUUCACUGGGUGGGUUUUUUUUUUUAUUCUCUUCCUCCUUACUGUGAAUGAAGAUUCUGGCUAUGAAUGAAAAACCGUCUCCGACACACAGACGCUCUUUGUGGAUAGGGUUUCAUGUGGGCCAGUUCCACAGAGGUCAGUGGUGGUGGUAGAGGGGUGAGGGGGGUGAAAGAGGAGUACCUGGAACUAAGCCUGGGAUUAUGACAUGCAACUUGAUGUGGACACCCACUUUUAUUUAUGUUUUUUCUUUCCUGUUCUUGUCAAAGAAUUUGAAGAGUUUUAGUAACUUAGCUGAGCUGAGACGUUAAAGCUGUGCCAUGAUUAGAUGGUGUACGUGAAGUAUGUUGGGUUAUUUCUGACCUGACGACUGUUCCAGUCCCAGAGCGACUGAAGGCUUUACAUGAGGAUGUGACGCAGGGUCUGCACUUCAACCUCAGAGUGAAAAUGAACUGAGCUGGAGCUGAUGAUGAAGAUGAAGUUAGAGAUGAGGAAGAUGACGAUGGCCACGGAGAUGAAGUAAUGAAGGAAUAAUGAUGAGAAAACACUGAAGUGUUCCUUUAAACUGGAAACAAACAUCGAACACAUAAAUGUGUCACACACUAAAAAGUCUGCAUCACAUAUGGGAUACCUGAAAACAGGUACCUGAAUGCAGCACAGUCCAAACACACGCCUUAACUCACCUCAACAUCUGAAUACAUUGUUGCUAAAAUUAUCAUAUUUUUUAAAUGCACACCUGAACACAUCAGUCUAAUUAGGGACCUGAAUGCAUCGUGGUUUUAUCGAGGACCUGAAGGCAUCACAGUCUGUGGGCAGCACACAAGCCUUCAAUGAGAGCAGUUCACACACAUUUGUUUGUUCUGACAGUGCCAGUAAACCUUUAUUCUGAGUGUGUGUGUGUGUGUGUGUCAGUCACUGUGACUUCAGAUGACCCUGGUGUUGUUACUCACACAAACACACAAUCCUCUUUGUUCCUCUGUGUACACACUGUUGCAGCUGUGACCGGACAUUGUUAAUUAGUAGUUUCCAUUUUAAGAUGUGUAAACGCGCAGACCUUGAACGCACCGUGUUCUUGUCUUGUGUUUAUUCUAGUUUUAUAUAUUUUGACUGUUUUUUUUUUCAUUGUGACGGCAUUAGAGCUGUGAAGACGACGUUGACUAAUCUGUGAGAAUAAACACACACUUAUCUUUGA